AUGACCAUGCGACGCUUCUUCCCUGGAACCCAAGCUCUUCCUCAUUGUGCCCUACAUCAGGAUUGUCAUGCGUAUCCGAAUGGAACUGACGGCCUUGACUUCGGUCUUACGUCCCAGUUACCCCGAACUACCCUGCCAGCAGCACCCGCUUCCCCAAGCGUGGGAAUUUCCAUCACCAUAUCAAUACCCCUGCCCAUCCGGCCCUCUACGACUACGAGCCAGCCGCCGCCAUCCUCGAUUACAAGCUCUGCAGCAUCAAGCAACCCUGCGCCAACCGCGCCCUCGUCUAGCUCUUCCUCUUCCUCGACAUCAACGCUUGUACCCAGGCCUAAGCCGCCCUCAAUGAAUGGCCAAAAUGCGUUCGAGCCCGUAGGCACGGGACCACCCCCGGCAAAUAUCCCUUCAAGAGGCGAUCAUCCAGUCAAGCCAGAUCAUAUCGUUGGUUCCACAGGCCCUAUACCUACAAACAAAUUUUUUGCCAACUUCUACCUUGGCUCCCAGACUGGACCUUCAUUCACCCAUCCGUACGGAGUCGCAUGGGCUAAGGGCAAGGGUCCUGUAACGAGUUAUGGCCUCAUGGUUUCCCAUAUAGAACUCAAUCAGCUGGCAUUUGGUCCCAUGAGCCAGUCAAUCCCCGGCAACCCCGUCCAGUUUUAUAUCAACCCCAUUGGCAUUCAAUCGAUGAUUCUCUCUGCAGCUGAACUUGGGCCGUCUUCUGUCUUGGUUGUUUCGAAGCCCUCCGCGUUUUCGGCAACUAUUCUUCUCUCCCCGGAUCCUGGCUCGACUUCUCAUAUCGCUUUUCCUUUGGUUCAAGGCAUGGGGUUUGUGACCGCUGUCUACACAAAAUUACAACCCACGAUUCAGAGUGGCGUUUUCUUCAGGCAAUUCGAACGACUGGGCUCUCCCAAACCAGGCUUAUUCAAAUAUAUGGUCAUGUUGGAGGAUGGCACAGUGUGGUUGAUAUACGUCACGUCCGCCGACAGUGCUGAUCCGCAAUUGAGGUUGGAAGAUCAUAGUCUCAUCCGUGGUAUCAGUGAGUUCAGCGGUACGAUCCAGAUCUGCAAAAACCCUUUCGGCGGAGAAGGGGAGGGGAUAUACGACAGGUCAGCUGGCGUAUAUGCGGUGGAAGUCCAACUCGCGGGCUUUGUUGCCGCUGACCAGCAGACCGGUACGUACAGUUUCUCCUGGGAUAAACAAGGGUUAUAUGUUUCCACAACCCCCUUGUUAAUGUUCGCAUUGCCCCACCACUGUGAUUCCUUUGACGAAAACACCAAAUCCAGGAUGACAGGUCUACAUCUACGAACCACGACCAAGGGAAUGGCUACCGGUAUUGUAGGGGAUUCAUGGACAAUGGUCGAAACCAACCUUCCUAUAAGUCUGGGAAUUGCUCCCUGGAACGCGCAAUCGAAAACGAGCCCGCCCUUAUCAGAACCUGUCAAAGAAAAGUUGAAAAUGGUAGCUCCAUUGGAGCUCAACCAAGACAUACAUCAGCAAACGUACCUUGAUAGUAUGUACUUUAGCGGGAAGGGGUUUGGCAAGUUUUCUAUGUUGGUGUAUACUGUCGAGAAAUUAGCAGAGGAUCCCUCUCUGGCGGAAAAUGCAUUUCGACUACUAAAGGAAGCUUUCGCAAAGUUUGUUCGUAACGAGCAGAGAUGGCCGCUGGUAUAUGAUACCGUUUGGAAGGGGAUUGUCUCUUCUGGGUCUUACGUGACCCACGAUCCAGGGCUUGAUUUUGGAAAUACUUAUUACAACGACCAUCACUUCCACUAUGGCUAUUUUAUCCUUUCUGCAGCCAUCAUGGGGACUCUUGAUCCAACAUGGCUAGCUGGGAAUAAAGAUUGGGUUAAUGUCCUCGUCCGCGAUGUUAGCUCUCCAGUAACCGACGACCCAUAUUUUCCGUGUUUCCGGUCAUUUGACUGGUAUAACGGCCAUUCCUGGGCGAAAGGCUUAUUUGAGUCUUAUGACGGCAAAGAUGAAGAAUCUUCGUCAGAGGAUGCUCUGUUCGCCUACGCCCUCAAACUGUGGGGCAAGGCCAUCGGGGAUGCAAGUAUGGAAGCUCGUGGCAAUCUGAUGCUAGCCGUCCUUGCAAGAUCACUACACGCCUACUUCUUGCUGAGGUCUGACAACGUCAACCACCCAGCUAAUUUCAUCGCCAAUAAAGUCACAGGAAUUCUUUUUGAGAACAAGGUUGAUCAUACGACUUAUUUCGGCGCAAACCUCGAAUACAUCCAAGGGAUCCAUAUGAUUCCCUUAACUGCGUCUUCGUCCUCCACCCGCGACCCGCUUUUCGUGAAAGAGGAAUGGGAGGCCAUGUUUGCGGAAACUGCCUGCACACCCGCGAGUAAAGUUCAAGGUGGUUGGCAAGGCAUUUUAUUUGCUAAUUUGGCACUCAUUGAUCCAUUUGCCUCGUGGGAAUUUUUUUCUCGCGAUCCCUUUAAUUAUUCGAAACUUGAUGGGGGAGCUACUCGAACAUGGUAUCUUGCACUUGCCGCAGGCUUGGGAGGCGGUCCACGUCUAUAA